UUUAUUUUAAGAACAUUGCUUCUUUGAUUUCUUAGGUAGAUUUCAAAUUUAAGAAGAUGGGUUGGUGCUUUCGUCCUGGCGACAACGGUACAAUUGAAUAUGAUGUCGAAUUCAAGAUACCGGAUGGCUACAAAUGCGAUAAACUUAUGAUUGCCGCUAUUUCCAACAUCAAAGGGGUUAAUUGUACGCCCGAUGAUGAGAAUAAAAAGAUUCGGGUCACUGGAAGAUUUAAUCUGGAGAAGAUGUUGAAAAAACUCACAAAAUAUACAGGCAAAAAAUUGCAUGUGAUUAAAGAAAGAAGAGGAAGAUGAUGAAUCUAAAAAGAAAAAAAAAAUUGUUAAUUUCGAAUUACUAAAGCUGGAUAUAAUAAAUAUACUAAACAUAAGAAAUAAAGUAAUUUCUCUUUCUUUUUUAUUAUUUAACAUAUGUAAUGAGAAACUUUUCUAUGUACAAAUAUUGGCUAUAUAAGUCAUAUAUAUAUUUUUAUAAUGUAGUUAACAAAUUGCACAUUGUCUAGUAUGAAAUUAUCUUUUCCU